AUCAGAAAAUUGUACGUUGGUUUUGGGGUACUCUCAUCAGUCGUCACUCCCACUCCCCCAGGGUUUAACCUUCGCCCCUCCGCCCCUCCGCCCCUCCGCCAUGGCCGUGCUCAGACCCACAGCCCUGAAGCUACCAGUCACUAUAAACCCCUCUGAACUUUGGUUUAGCCCAAAACUUCUCAAAACGACUCCUUCUAUAAGCCACUCCGGGGGCAAGCUGGGCAGAGUUGCAGCGAUGAUCACUUUGGGGGCCUCCACUUCCCAAGCCUCUUCGUUGAUUUCUCAAUGGCCCUCCUAUUUCUUUCUAUGGCGAUCUAACUAUGUUUCUAAUUCUUCUAUUUCCAUUUGCGCCUCCUCCAAGAGGCUCUACAGGGCUGAAUUUUGACCUCUGAAGAAUUUUGGCAACGCUUCUCCAAAUGUGAAUAUGUUUCAUGCUUCCUUGCAGUGUCGACAAAGUUCUUUUUUGUGCACCAAUUCAUUUUUUGAAACUAGACAACAUGACAAGGAGAGGGCGUUUCUGUCUGAUGUAAAUGAUUGGUCUAAGAGUACUAGGCAGCUGAAACAAGAGAAGCUCUUUAGGUUUUCAGAAACUGAGAUCCUGACGAAGAAUGACGAAGAAAAGCUAAGAAAAAAAGAAAAUCUCAUUGACUAUGGGACUUUGCAUUGUUACAACAGUCUUUCCCCUCCAUAUUCUAAGGUUCAGUCAAAUUUGGGGAAUGGCAAUGGAGACACUAAUUCUUAUUCUGGGGAAUGGCCCAUGAGCAAGCCUGCAAAUAAUGUUUUGCAUAGUCAGGUUGUUCCUAUGCAAAGUAACAAAAAGUAUUCUGUUUCUCAAAAUGGAAAGGGGUCAAUUAUGCGUCACGUACCAAAUGUUUCACCUAAUGGCAGAAAUAGAAAUAUCUCUUUGGGAAAGGUGAAUAGUGUACUAAAAACUUCGCAAUUUACUGAAGCUGCUAAUGGAAUAAGUAAGGGUGUAGCUGUGGAAGAAUUUUCUAAAGUGAUCGUCAAUGGAAGUGGCACCAAGAUGAUGGAAGUACUUGCAACUGCUCAUAAGCCAGAUAUAAAGGAGAGGCUUAAUGGUGUAUAUGAAAGCGUUCUUGUUGUUGAUGGUGUAUCUGCAGCAAAGGAAGUUGUUUCAAUAAAGGAGAGGCUUAAUGGUGUAUAUGAAAGCAUUCUUGUUGUUGAUGGUGUAUAUGAAUAA